AUGGAGAACAUGAAGAGUCCAUUCAAGGGAAUAAUAAAAGAUGUGAGAGGGAGAAUAGGAUGUUAUAAGGAUGAUUGGGUCAGUUCAUUGUGUUCAGGCUUCAGAAUAUUGGCUCCAACUUUUUAUAUCUUCUUUGCUUCUGCACUUCCUGUGAUUGCCUUUGGAGAGCAAUUAACUAGAGAUACAGAUGGAAGCUUGAGUACUGUGGAAACCUUAGCUUCUACUGCUAUUUGUGGAAUAAUCCACUCGAUUUUCGGUGGACAGCCAUUGUUGAUUCUGGGGGUUGCAGAACCUACUGUUAUAAUGUACACUUAUCUGUACAAUUUCAGCAAAGGAAGGGAGGAGUUGGGGCAGAAAUUGUACCUAGCUUGGGCUGGCUGGGUUUGUGUCUGGACAGCACUCCUACUAGUUCUUCUAGCAAUUUUUAAUGCAGCUACCGUCAUCUCUAAAUUUACAAGGAUAGCAGGGGAGCUUUUUGGCAUGUUGAUUGCAGUCCUUUUCAUUCAGGAGGCUAUUAAGGGAGUGAUUAGUGAAUUCAAUAUUCCUAAAGAUGAAAAUGCAAAACUAGCGAAGUACCAAUUCCAGUGGCUGUAUGCAAAUGGGUUGCUUUCUGUAAUUUUCUCAUUCGGUGUCCUGUUCACUUCCCUUAAAAGCCGAAGGGCAAGAACAUGGCGAUAUGGCACAGGAUGGCUCCGAGGUUUUAUUGCAGACUAUGGAGUUCCCCUAAUGGUCUUGUUGUGGACAGCAAUGUCUUAUGUCGGACCCAGCAAAGUUCCUUCUGGGGUUCCUAGGAGGGUUCAUGUUCCGCUUCUUUGGGAUUCUGAAUCACUGAGUCAUUGGACAGUAAUCAAGGGCAUGAUGAAGGUUCCUGUGACAUACAUCUUUGCUGCCAUAAUACCAGCUGUUAUGAUAGCCGGAUUAUACUUUUUCGACCACAGUGUAGCUUCACAGAUGGCACAACAGGAGGAGUUUAAUCUCAAAAACCCAUCUGCUUACCAUUAUGAUAUCUUGUUGCUUGGUCUCAUGACUUUGAUUUGUGGGUUGCUUGGACUUCCUCCUUCAAAUGGUGUCCUCCCUCAAUCCCCCAUGCACACCAAGAGUCUUGCAGUUCUCAAGAGGCAGUUGAUUCGUAAGAAAAUGGUAAAGAGUGCAAAGGAAUGCAUGGGCCGAAAAGCAAACAACUCAGAAAUUUAUGGAAAAAUGCAAGCUGUGUUUAUAGAAAUGGAUGCAUCUUCACCUGAUGUUUCAGUAUAUAAGGAGUUGGAGGACUUGAAGCAGGCUGUAAUGAAAACUAAUGAUGGAGGGGAUGAUAAGGACAAAUUCAAUCUUGAGAGACACAUUGAUGCUUAUUUGCCUGUGAGAGUUAAUGAACAAAGAAUGAGCAACCUGUUACAGUCAACCCUUGUCGGAGUAUCAAUGUGUGCUAUGCCUCUGAUAAAAAGAAUACCUACAUCAGUUCUUUGGGGAUACUUUGCCUACAUGGCCAUUGAUAGUCUUCCAGGGAAUCAGUUCUGGGAAAGAAUGUUGUUGCUCUUCAUCACUCCUAGCCGGCGUUACAAAGUCCUGGAAGGUGUUCAUGCUUCAUUUGUGGAGUUGGUGCCGUUCAAGCAAAUUGCUAUCUUCACACUCUUCCAAUUUGUCUAUUUUUUGAUCUGUUUUGGAGUGACAUGGAUACCCAUAGCUGGAAUAUUGUUCCCCCUACCAUUCUUCUUUCUUAUUGGCAUAAGGCAGCAUAUCCUUCCCAAGUUGUUUAAUCCUGACCAUCUUCAAGAACUGGAUGCUGCUGAGUAUGAAGAAAUUGCCGGUGCACCACGAAGCCGAAGCCUUUCACUCAGGGAAAGAGAACCACCUGAUGUGGGGCCAGACGGUAGCGAAGAUGAUUUCUUUGAUGCUGAGAUACUGGAUGAGAUGACAACCAAUAGAGGCGAGUUGAAGCUUAGAACUUUAAGCUCCAAAGAGGAGAGAUUAUAUCAGGCAAGAAAUACCUAUCUCCUUUAA